GGGAGGGAAGAGGCCGCAGAAGCCCGAGUCUUGACCGACGGGCAGGCGGGGGCUGCGGCGGCGCCGCGCCGGCGCCCCCCAUGCGCCAGGCGGCCGGACGGCGGCGUCGGGGGGCGCCAUGGCCUCGGCGGCGGCGGGCGAAGCGGAAGAGACCACCCGGCUGCGCAAGCCGCGCUUCUCGUUCGAAGAGAACCAGAUCCUGAUCCGUGAGGUGCGCGCCCACUACCCGCAGCUCUACGGCGCUCAGAGCCGUCGGGUGAGCGUGGCCGAGCGGCGGCGUGUGUGGGACGGCAUCGCCGCCAAGAUCAACGGCAUCACCAGCUGGAAGCGCACUGGCCAGGAGGUGCAGAAGCGCUGGAACGACUUCAAGCGCCGCACCAAGGAGAAGCUGGCGCGCGUGCCGCACUCCACACAGGGCACCGGGCCUGCCGCCGAGGACGCCUUCUCCGCCGAGGAGGAGACCAUUUUUGCCAUCCUGGGGCCGGGUGUGGCGGGGCCAGGAGCUGGUGCAGGGGCAGAGCAGCCCUCCGCGGCCGCCUCUUCACAGCCACCGGCUCCAAGCGCCUGCGCCCAACGCUGUGUGUUGUCUGAGGACCGCAGGGAGGACCGACGGGCAGAUACACCAGCCCACAGCAAGGGGGGCUCUAGCAGCCCGGAGCCUUGGGCCAGAGCCUCCUGCAAUCUUCAGGAAGGGGGCUGCCAGGCACCCAAGGAGCGUGAGUCCCCGCCCCCUCCGGCCCUGCAGACCAUCCAGCUGCCCCGCCUGGCCUUGUCUCCACCCCCCCCAGCCCCUCCGCUGCCACCACCCCCGGAGCCACCGCAGCAGGUCCAAGUGGCACCCUCGCCCUCCAGCUCUCCCUCCCCUCCACUGCCUCCACCCUCGGCCCCAGACCCCUCCCUGGACUUCCUGCGGGCCCAGCAGGAGACUGCCAACGCCAUCCGGGAGCUGGCGGGCACCCUCCGCCAGGGACUGGCCCAACUGAGCGAGGCCCUCAGCGCCCUGCUGCCCCUUCUGCCCGGAAGCCCCGCUGACCCACUGCCCCCGCCCCCUCCCCCACCUCCACCGCCCAGGCCUGUCUUGUCCCCCCCCUCCCCCAAGGUGGAGGUCACCCCAGAGCCUGUGUCCGUGGUGGCUGCUGUCGUGGAUGGGGCUGUGGUGGCAGCCAGGGGGGUGAUCAUUGCCCCUAGGAGCGAGGAGGGGGCCCCCCGGCCGCCCCCCGCCCCACUCCCUCCGCAUGACUCCCCGCCACACAAAAGGAGGAAAAGUUUCCCUACACGGAAGAGGCGGGGGCGGUGGAAAUCUCCGUGACAUCUGCUGUGGGGUUCAAGCUUGUCUCCCCCCAGCUUAGCCCAGUGGAGGAGGGCAACGCACUUUCCCCAUCCCAGCUGCACCCCGGCUCCCUGCUGCGGGGCACGAGCACCCCACUCCCUGUACUAGUUAGUGCCUGAUUCUGGGGGGCCUCCUUGCCCCAGGCCCCCCAGCCCUUUCCAGUACAGCGCUGUCUGCCUGGCUGCUUUCCUUAACCCUGACUUCUAAGCCAUGGAUUUUAUGUUAUUUAUUAUUGCCCUUCGUGGGUUGCGGAGGGAACCUGCACAUCCCCCCUCCCCUAACAAAACUCCUGGCCUUGACUUGAAGACCACUGACCCACUUCCCCUACCCAGACUUUGGAGGGGGUGGGAGUUUCAAGACAAGUCAGAAUAUGGAUGAAGAGGCUACCGUGGUCUGUACCCUAGGGGCGGGUGGAGUUCUCACUGGUGUAGGUUGAGCCUUCUGCCUCCCGUUGCAGUCUCUGACCUCCAGAGCUCAACCCCCUCCGUGCUCCCCAGUGGUGAUAAGAUAUCAAUAAACUUAUUUUUAAUAUAA